GUGAAGCUGAAACAGGAACUUGGGUGAGACUUGCUCUGCAGCCAAAACGGGUUGAAGUACACAGACGGAGACGGCUGCCAUUUCGAGGAAGUGAGGCUCCCUAGCCAAGAUGUGGAAGGCUGUGGUGGGCCACAAUGUGUCCGUGAAGGUGGACUCCCAAGGGGACGACUGGGACACAGACCCGGAUUUCAUGAAUGACAUCUCUGAGAAAGAGCAAAGAUGGGGGGCCAAAACCAUUGAAGGCUCCGGCCGAGGAGAACACAUUGACAUCCAUGCGCUACGAAGCAAGGUUUCUGAGGAGCAUGAAGUUCUCAAGAAGAAGGAGUUGGAGACGGCACCCAAGGCUUCCUAUGGCUACGGGGGCAAGUUCGGAAAAGAGCAGGAUCGCAUGGACAAGAGUGCUUUGGGCCAUGAAUACGUUGCUGAGGUUGGGAUGCACUCUUCCCAGACAGAUGCAGCCAAGGGUUUCGGAGGGAAGUAUGGAGUGCAGAAGGACCGAGCCGACAAGUCUGCGCUUGGCUUUGACUACAAGGGCGAAGUGGAGAAGCACGCCUCCCAGAAAGAUUAUUCCGUUGGUUUCGGGGGAAAGUAUGGCGUGCAGAAGGACCGCCAGGACAGAUCUGCCUUGGGCUGGACCCACAAGGAAGAGGUGAAGCCCCAUGAGUCUCAGACAGAUUACACGGUUGGUUUCGGGGGCAAAUUUGGGGUGCAGAAGGACCGCCAAGACAAAUCUGCCUUGGACUGGGCACACAAGGAGGAGCUGAAGCCCCAUGAGUCUCAGACAGACUACUCCGUUGGUUUUGGUGGGAAGUAUGGAGUACAGAAGGACCGCCAGGAUAGAUCUGCUUUAGGCUGGACCCACAAGGAGGAGGUGAUGCUCCACGAAUCUCAGACAGAUUAUGCCAAAGGCUUUGGAGGUCAGUAUGGAGUCCAGGACAGGAUGGACAAGAGUGCAGCUGGUUUUGGAGAGAUGGAAGCACCAGUUUCUUCCUAUGAGAAAACAAUGCCGACGGAGGCAGCUUCCAGUGGGGCAGGGAAUCUAAGGCAGCGGUUUGAGAGCAUGGCCAAGACGGCCGAGGAAGAGAACAAGAGGAGGGCAGAGGAAGAGCGCGUGCGGCGCCAAGCCCGGGAGCAGCGGGAGCGCCAGGCAGCGCAGGAGAAACACCAGGAAAAGGCAGAAGAGGAAGAAGAGCAGCCUCCCGUCCUUCCUCCGCGGAACCUGGGUUGGAAUGGAGAGGUCCAAAGGCCCCCUAAGCCCCCUUGCAUCCCUCAGCCGCCCAUCUAUGUGGAAACUUUGGAGGAUUUCGGAGGUGACUACGAAGAGGUGGCUGGCCCCUCGGACUGCCCAGAACCACCAAGCUUCGAGGAGGAUGCUGGAGGGGACUAUGAGGAGAUGCCGCCCCAUGUAGACCAUGCAACACUGAUGUAUGACGAUGAUGGUGCCGAUGGUGGCCAGGACUAUGAGGAGAUCCCAGAUAUGGCUGUCCGAUCCUCAGGAAUGGAAACGCCUAUCUAUGAAAUGGAAGGAGGAGGAAGAAGAGGAGGAAGCCUGUCUGCCACGGCCCUCUAUGACUACCAAGGAGAUGGGGAUGAUGAGAUUUCCUUCUAUCCUGGAGACACCAUCACCGAUAUCGAACAGGUGGACGAGGGAUGGUGGCGCGGACGCUGCCACGGCAAAGACGGCCUCUUCCCCGCCAACUACGUGGAGCUGCUCCAGUGAUGCCCUACAUCCUCACCCCGGUUGCCAACCUCUGGGCAGGGGGUCAAUGAAGAAGAGCCCGACUUCACCACACCAUCAUUUUCCAAUGGACUGAAGGCCAUGCUCUCCCUUCCUCCUUUCAGAUUGUCUGCACAUAUUUCUGGGCUUCGUCUUCUGUGACAUUAUGCACACACACAUGUUUGGACUUGUUCAGGCUGCUUCCUCUUUUGUCCAGCCAUGUGGCACUGAGGCAUCCAGAAAAAUAUAUCCAUGUUGGCCAUAUAGCAAAGUACAGUAUCAUCCAAAAGCCACAAAACAAUGAUACCUUUAUUGGCCCAACCAAAAUGGGAGAAGCCCAUCCUGCAUCAAUGCCCUUCCAGAAUAUCUGAACUGAGGACUACAACUUACAACAUCUUGACCAAAUGCAGAGUUUAUGACUAGCAUCAUCCCCUUCCUUCCUUCCUUCCUUCCUUCCUUCCUUCCUUCCUUCCUUCCUUCCUUUUCUCUCUCUUUCUUUCUCCUGAAUCAUUUUU